CGAGGGGCCCGAUAUUUAUUAGUCAUAUGAUUAGAAGCCAACAAACACUGACACCAAGGACAACAUAGAGGCAAUUACUUGUGCUUGAUCAAUGAAAUUAAGAAACCAUAAAUUAACGGAAAUAUGUUUAUGGUUUCAUUAUGGUAAAUAAUUUGUGUGUAUAUAUAUAUAUAUAUAUAUAUAAAAAUUUAGAUAUAUAAAUUUUAUUCUGACGAAGGCCGUGGCACGACCGAAACGGUAAACCAUUAAACAUGCAAUUUUCGUAAGUGUGCCCGUUAGUUUCUUCAAAUAUAUAUAUACAUAUGGUUAAUUAUUAUGCACGUAUAUUGCAAGCGGGAUAAAGCAACAUGCUACGUCCCAAGUAACGAAUUCUGAGAACUACCAUAUCAACUUUAUUGUACGCUAAUUUGCAUUCUGUAUAUUUUUUACUCGAUGAGUGCCAAGGUUAACACGAAAUUUAAAUUUUAAAUUAGACAGCCAUGGGGCGUAUUUAAGCGUCAGUUGAAAGAAAGCGUUACUUGGCCUAUGUACUUGUACUCCCGUUACUCAGUCUAUAGGUUCUCGAACGCAACAAAUGAUUUGUUUACACAACUCAGGGCGAGAUAUUUGGCCAUCUUGGCAUGCCAACUACAUAGCCUCGCAGCAAGCAUUAUGGGCGUCCAUACAGAAAUACUCAUUGACUGCACGGGUGGACACGAUCUUUGUCACCAGCUGAUGCUAUUUUAGACUGGAGCCAGCAUAAAUGCAGGAAUUUAUUUACUUCGAUUCUAUUUCUUUCUAAUUAUCCACAGAUCACGACUGCCGCUCCUGGUUAAGCUGGUAACUACUGAAGACUGCGUAGAGGAGAAGAAUCGUACUAUAUUAGUCGCAUUAUCGCCGCCUAUCUGGUUAUUUAUACAUUGACACUACCUCGCGGGCUCCGGAUGGCAUUGCGCAAGAGCAACAUACAGAGACGAUGACAAGUACUCUCAGGUAUCGCAUCAUGUACAAUACUGAGGACUGGCAGCAUAACAGUGGCACACAAAAGGCAUAAGGAAGAGGCUGAGCAACAAGUUCAACGUUUCUGAAUGUACGCAUGCAAAAAGUUCGCAUUGUACAAGUGAAAAAAACUUGAAUGUAAAAGCUUAUGAAAGCGAAUCAGCACCUACGAACGUGUGCAACGUGGUGACUUAGAUAUUUAUGUUGACGGUGAUCAAUUACAUCGCGCUUUUGAAUGCCGGCCCUGUAGUCAGCAGCCGCCGGGUGCAGGUGUCGUGUAGGGUCAAGAAAAAAAGUGAGGAAGCCAGCGAAAUGCGAAGACGACGACGUGAUUCUCUAGUUGAACGCUGGCACUGGCUCCGUCUUCGAUGACCGAUUUGACAGUGUCUUUUGACUCAAAUCGCAGUUUCGUUGUUACCAGUGUAUUUGUGAAGGCGCUAGGAAUCGCCCGAUACCCAACUUUCAACGUAAGGCAAGUUUUUCGCCGUUUUCUGGAACUUGUUCGCCGUCGUCGGUGCGGUGGUGUGCUAAGCCUAGGCUUGCUUCGUGGCCGCCGGGAUUGGGCCUGACCCCGGCGUGGAACCAUACGACAUGGCGUCCGAGAUGGAGACGGCCACGUCUCCGCCGACAUCGAGCCCUGGCUCCGGCCAGAUGUGCGUCGAGGUGCAAGGGCAAGAGAUUUCUCCUGAGGAGUUCCACACUGGGAUCGGCUGGUGGCAAGUGGGCCAGCGCAUAACAGCCCCGGCGAGCGAGGGCUCCGCCGCUCACCAGUCGAGGUCUAAAACAAGAGACCACGUCAACAGAAAAGUGAUCGCAACGACAACAAGGGCAGCGAGAAUGCCAGACGUGCUGCCGAGAGAGGACACCAAAGUGAUCGUGAGGCCGCGCGGAGGCCUAAACAUCGCGAGAACGCAGACUGGGAUCGUUGCCUCGGCCAUCAUGGCUGCGGCGAGGGUUUCGAGAGAAGAUGGUGCGGCGGAUACCUUCUGCCCCAACCUACACCAGAAUAUCAUGGUGGUGAGUACCCCCGAUAAGGGGCGUGCUUUGACCUAUGCCAAGAUUCAGGCCAUCCGCAUCGGGGACAAGAUACACGAGGUAGGCGCGUACCAAACCACACCAUAUGGCACGGUCAAGGGGAUCAUUCGAGGCAUUCCCAUUGAAGAUACUCCGGCGGAGAUUGACCGCAACGUUGUUAACUCAAGAAAUCCAUUAGCAAGAGGGGCGCAAGGAAUUGGCAAUACGACUACCGUAACUGUAGCUUUUGAAGGCGAAACGGUUCCAAAUUAUGUAUGUUAUGGCCCUGUGUUAACGAGGUGCAGUCUGUACCGCAAGCAUUUCGAUGUCUGCAAACAGUGCGGCAAAAUAGGCCACAGAAGAGGCGUUUGUCCUAACCCAAAUAUGAAAGUGUGCUUCGAUUGUGGGGCCAAUAACCCUGUCGAUGGCCAUGAGUGUACGCCUAAAUGCAAACUAUGUGGGGGACAAUACCCAACGGCCGAUAGAGAAUGCAAGAACAAAUACAAAACUCCCUACGUAGUAACGAAAAGGCAGUGGGAGCGCAAGAUGGUGGAACAGCGCGUACAGCAACAAUUAGCAUCCGGAGAGUUCCCACCGUUGAUGACGUCAGCAGGAGUGAGCGGCACAGAUGGUCGCCACGAGUCACGCUCGCGCGCGAACAACAGCGAAAGUCAAAGCAGAAGCAUGAGCCGCCACCGCCGAUCCCAAUCCAAAGACAGAGUAGCCUGGGCAGACGUAGUAAAGUCGGGGGUAGCCAAGAAAGAGCAGCAGCAACAGCAGCAGCAGCAGCAGCAGCGACAGCAGCAGCAGUCACCGCCAUUUCGAGGUGGUGGAGGGAAACUUAAAGACGAAAGUGAGGCAAUGAAGGCGCUAAGAGAAGCAAACGAGGCGUUGCGGAAGAAGAACACUGAACUAGAGGCGACAGUCAAUAAGCUCAGCAAGGAAAUGGUAGAGAUCAAGAGAAUGAUGACGGUCCAGCUACAACAGCAGCACGCACAGCCUUUAUCGCCACAACCACAGCAGAUGGCAAUGACCGAGGAUGAACCCGAAGUAGCGGUGAACCCGAGGACAGAGAACGCGGCCUCGGCGGGUCCGGCACCCAAGAGAAGAGCAAUUGAAAAUCUUAAAGAGCGGAGACUCAGCGAUAGGGUAGACAACCUUGAAGAUAGGCUCACCCACUUUGAAGAGUAUAUUCGCACGACAUUCACCAAGACAAUUACCGACGGUUUCAUAGCAAUUGAACAGACUUGCCAGCAAUUAACGACGACAGUACAGAAUUUGGCAACGCAAAUGGCUAACUUUCAGCAAACAUGGAUAGGACAUCAACCACCGCAACCACAGCAGCAGUGAAAGGCCUCCUGGU